AUCCACCCCAAAACAAAUCAUUUAGCUGCGUCCUCUAACUUUCCUUAAAGCACUGCCGUCUAGAUUGCGGAGGGAUUACAGAUUAGGAUCUGGGACAGCGGAGAGCAGUUGCAUAAUUAACUCCGAGGCGAGGAAUUGAGUUAUUCCUCCGGUUUUAAGUGGCACAACGUGGGCGGCGCGUCGAGGAGUCGAUGCUGAACCAGCGGCUCCGCGCGGGACUCUCACGCUGGAUGUGAAGCCGGAGUGGGGGGAGAGGAGGAGGGGGAGAGGAGGAGAGGAGGAGGGGGGGGGGGGGGGAGGAGGAGGAGGAGGAACACGACGGUGUAACCUGCGGAGGGAAAGCGUGCCAGCAAAGGGAGGUUUUUUUUUGGUCCGGGGCCAGCCGUGGAGCGGAUGCGGUACAGUCCGUCUGAUGGUGCGCGCGUCUCUCCAAAAGGUGGAUUCGGUUUCCAGUCCGCGUAACACAAACUGACGCAGCGACUUCAUUUGAGGAGAAAAAGCCGAAGUGAACGGAGGACACCUGAAGGGAUCCUCCUCACUGGACUGGAUCUAGUCUCUCUGGCCACGCGCCUGUUUCUCUGUUGGCGUUGAAGCAGCAUCUUCUGCUUUUAUUGUUUUUAUUGGACACCAUCAAGAAACGGUGCGACUUUUUUUUUUUUUUUUUUGCACAAUUAAACCGAAGAGGGAGAGUCUCGGUGGAUACAACGGAGUCACCAGAAGACAUUUAUUGACGCAUGUGGACACUAUGUGAACAAUAAACGGGUGGAAAUGCGUCGCAAAUGCUUCGGUCUGCUCGAGGUGUGCGCCAUCAUGAGCCUCCUGCCUUCAGGCUCUCUCGCAGACCUGACGUGUGAAGCUCUGCUCGUGCUGUCGGGAAAUGUCUCCUUACAGUCGCUGGCCUCCACCUGGAACCAAACCCUGAGCAACGCCACAGGUCAGUGGAGCGGCUCGGGACUCUACUGCGACACCUCCGUCGAUGGCAUCGGCACCUGCUGGCCCAGGAGCGGCGCGGGCCAGAUGGUGUCACGACCCUGUCCGGAGAUGUUCUACGGCGUCAGAUACAACACCACCAAUAACGUUUAUAGGGACUGUCUCGUGAACGGGACGUGGGCGCUGAAGGGGAACUACUCCAUGUGUAAAGCCAUACUUCACGAGGAGAAAAAAGGCAAGAUGCACUACCAGAUAGCCGUCAUCAUAAGCUUCCUGGGCCACUGCAUCUCCAUGGUGGCGCUGCUCGUCGCCUUCGUCCUCUUCUUGUGUUUGAGGAGCAUCCGCUGCCUGAGAAACAUCAUCCACUGGAACCUCAUCACCGCCUUCAUCCUGAGGAACGCCACCUGGUUCAUCGUCCAAAUGACCAUGAGCCCUGAGGUGCACGAAAGUAACGUGGUUUGGUGCCGCCUCGUCACCGCCUCCUACAACUAUUUCCACUCCACCAACUUCUUCUGGAUGUUUGGCGAGGGCUGCUACCUCCACACGGCCAUCGUCCUCACCUACUCCACCGACAAGCUGCGCAAGUGGAUGUUCAUCUGCAUCGGCUGGUGUAUACCAUUCCCUAUUAUUGUGGCAUGGGCGAUUGGGAAGCUGUACUACGACAAUGAGAAGUGCUGGUUUGGGAAGCGAGCUGGCGUUUACACCGACUACAUCUACCAAGGUCCCAUGAUUCUUGUCUUAGUGAUCAAUUUCAUUUUCCUCUUCAACAUCGUGAGAAUCCUGAUGACCAAACUGAGAGCUUCUACCACAUCGGAGACGAUGCAGUACAGGAAAGCUGUGAAGGCCACUCUGGUUCUCCUUCCUCUCCUGGGAAUAACCUACAUGCUCUUCUUCGUCAACCCGGGGGAAGACGAGAUCUCUCAAAUCGUCUUCAUAUAUUUCAACUCUUUUUUGGAGUCCUUCCAGGGCUUCUUUGUGUCCGUGUUUUACUGCUUCCUAAACAGCGAGGUGCGGUCGGCCACGAGGAAGCGGUUCCACCGCUGGCAGGAGCAGCACUCCAUCCGGGCCCGGAUGACCCAGGCCAUGUCCAUCCCCACCUCACCUUCACGGGUCAGCUUUCACAGCAUCAAGCAGUCCACGUCGCUAUGAGAGACCGUCGUCCUCAUCGCUUUUUCUGCCACAUCACUGGAGUACACUGAAACACUUUGUCUCCUGGACCUCAGGAGGGACAUUACGCAGAGUUGAAAAAUGGACGAGGACGGAGAUAAAGGACACUGCAGACUUUAUGAAGCGAGAGGUCAGUGGAUCAACAGAUGCACCGAGCUGAGGGACUCUGAAUCUGGGUCUGAAUGUACAGCACUCCGUGUUCUUUAAUGUUGGCCUGCCAUAGGUACUUACAUCAGUGAGAACCCGUGUCGCUGGACUGCACUGAACUGGAUUCCGCCCCCAGCGCACACUGGACUCAAACGCAGCGAAUAACUUAUUAAAAUGAAGGUUUAAGUUUUGUUUUUGUUUUUUUAAGUGUUCUGGAUAUAGUGUUUGUUAAUUUGAUGUUGUGCUAUCGUCCUCUGUUCUCAGCCAGCUUUGGCGCAGUCGUGCUACUUUCAUCAACUUUCCAGAAUGUUUUAAACACAGUCCAUAAUGUUUCUACUUGAAGAGUUUUAUUCAGAAAAUAUAUGUCAACUGUGAAUUAAAGUCAAAGUCCAGCACAUGAGUGGGUUAGUAGUGAAGUCUAAAGGCAGAUGAGAUGGGUCCAUACCGCUGUCAGAUGUUAAGAAUCGAGCCAGAGCCAGGAGGCAAUUAGCUUAGCUUAGCAUAAAGACUGGAAGCAGGGGGGACAGUUAGCCUUCCUUUCUCCAGUGUCCAGAAAUCAGUGGUGGAAAGUAACGCAAGUACAAAUUUGAGUUACUUGAGAAUUAUCUUUUCAUGCUACUUUCUACUUGUUAGAUAGCUUUAGUUACUUUACAGAUGUUUACAUACAAACAUGCAAAGAGCUCAUGAAUAUGAUGUUUUAUUAUGUAUUAAACUACCCAAUAAUGUAUACAAGUACAGCUGAAACGAUUAGUUUAUUAACCAAUGAGUCAAUUGAAAAAAAAAAGAUUUCUUGACAGACAAUCAAAAGGUGUUUUGAGGAAAUGUGACUCACUGCAACUAGAGAGGUUCUUGAGCAUACAGCCAGAACUGGUCUCCCAAAAUAUGAUGAAGUUCACUGCAGCGGAAUGACAGAUUAGCCGCGGACAGACCGAGAGAUGCACACACACAACCAUUAUCUCAUUAUCUCCUGGAGGAAUCUAUUAAUAUAGUGUAUCAAUUAUAUAACAGUCACACGGGACAUGUUACAUUAUACUUUUACUACAUUCUCCUGAUUAUACUUGCAUACUUUUACUGGAGUAACAUUUAAAGCAGGAUUUGUACUUGUUACAAAGUAUUUUUAAAGCGUUUUUCUUCGAUGUUUAUUGUUUUCGGAACAAAACUCUUCAGCUGAAUUUAGAGACUUACUAUUGUUGCAUCUCCACCAGCAAAGAUACAGAGAACCAUUAGAGAGUUCAUUAAACCAGGUCGGAGGUCAGUCUUGUAUCUUAUCAGGUGACUUUCUGUGUUGUUGACUUGAAGCAUGACAUGUGAGCGGGCUACGCAGUAACUCUCUUUUACUGAUUUAUUGUAAAUAUACAUAUAAAUAUAUAAGCAGGGGGAGUUAAAGUCAGAAAUAUGAACCAAAAAACACAAACCACACACUGUGAAUCACAUCAAUCCAUGUGAUCAGCAAUUCACAGUCCACAUUCCUACUAAACCAGUUUGCCUAGCAGCACCUGUGCAUUCUAUCAACUGCUCUUUAUGUCAAAUUGUAGAUGAACCUCAUCUGUGUGUCGCCCUGAAAUAAUUUAAUUUUUCAUCCCUUUCAAGUGAUGUGUGUACGAUGGCGUGGUUGGGCUAUUGUAGUUUAAGAAAUGAUGAUUACAGAGCUGCAGGAGAGGCUUAAUAUUCAGAGAAAAAUACUCUAAUAAAGUUGUAAAUUGAAACUUGGAUAUUCUCUGAGCGAAUUUAAGAGGAAAAAUAAUUAUAAAUAUUCUCAGAGAUUUAAAAACAUACAUUUGCAAAAUAAAAGCUAAGAAGCUCUCUGAGAUUUUACAAGAAAAGUUUACAAAAUUCAUGAGAAUAUUCUCUUUGAUUAAAGUCACAAAUUCAGAAAACGUCAAGAUGACGGGAUUUCACAUCUACUGUGAUGUGUCUUAGUCUAAUGUUGAUCAUCUGAGCAGUCUGAGCUGCUUCAGGACUGAUUGGAGGUAAAAUAACGUGCAAGAUCUGUUCAAAGGUUUGUAAUCAACUGUUAUUUUAAUCUUUUUCUUCCUCUUUUUGUUCUAACAGAGACAAAAACUGUAUAAUCCAGACACCAAAUGUAUCAUUUAUAUUUGCAUUCCCAGUUCCGGGAGCCUGGAUCAUGAUUGAACUCUAAUACUGAGAGUCUCUCUGAUUGAGGAGCUUUAACUGUGAUUUAUUCAGAUAUUCAGAUCCUGCCAACGCUCGACUAACCUUCUAUUUCUAUUGAAGAGCUUUGCCAAAGGAACACGUGGCCGUUGUAUGGUGUGUUGAAGGCUGCUUUAUUGUGAAACACAAAAUCAUUUUCUUAUUCAAAAUAUUGUCUCUUUUAGUCGUCAGUCUGGUUGAAGCCUUGUACAGCUUUUUGAUUCCAUGCACUAAACUAAAUAACUAUUUGUAAAGAGCACUUUUCUACAAAAGCAUCAAAGAACAUCUGAAUGGACACAGUCAAGGUUUCUAUGGCAGCAGAUUACAAACUUUUGAACGUUAUAUGUGCUCAAGUCAAAGAAAAGAUCAUGAAGAAACUGAAAAGUCAGCGUUAAACAGCAGGACGAUCGGGACCUGUUGUCAUUCCAGUAAAAAGCAUUCGGUCCUCGUCACAGUCGUGUGGUGGUCAAAACUAAAUCAUAAUGUAACUCACAAAUAUUAUUUAUUAUUUAUUUUCAAUAUUGUUAUUUUCAUAAUUGAAAAGAUGUGAAGAGAUAAUAAACGAUGUGUUGCAUUCAACUGAAUGAAAAAUUCAA